GUGCUGAGGGCGCAGAGGAGGGGCUCAGUGCAUGAAUCGCAUUUGUGCCCGCAGCUGGAGGAGUUCUCCCACUUUGACUUCGGGCAGUGGCGGCAGCGCUUCCUGCAGUGGAUCGCGCAGAUGAAAUCCCGCGCGCUCGACGUGUUCCGCAGCAUCGACCGCGACCAGGACGGGCGCAUCAGCCUCAGGGAGUUCAUGGACAGCCUGCUCAGCUCCAAGUUCCCCACCAACACGCUGGAGAUGACGGCGGUUGCGAACAUCUUCGACACGAAUGGCGACGGCUUCAUCGAUUACUGCGAGUUCGUCAGCGCGCUGCACCCCAACCGCGACCCGCAGCGCCGCGGCGCCGACGCAGAUCGCAUCCAGGCUGAGGUAUGGGGAGCAGCUGUGGGUGCAGCGGGGAGCAG